AUGAUUAGAAACUCAGGCAGUCUGAGGAACCAGCUGGCCAGAUACGCCCUCAAACGGGGCGUGCAGCGCCCUGCCAUUGUCAGUUCAAUCAAGGUCUCUUCCAAGACUCCACUCACGAUUAGAUGCUACUCUACUAGAUCUACUGUGAUUCAAUUAUUGAACAAUAUUGGCUCAAAAAGAGAGGUUGAACAGUAUCUCAAAUAUUUUACCUCUGUGUCCCAACAACAGUUUGCUGUGAUUAAAGUUGGAGGAGCCAUCAUUACGCAGCAACUGCCUGAGCUCGCCUCCUGUCUAGCAUUCCUGUAUCAUGUGGGGUUGUAUCCAAUUGUUCUGCACGGAACAGGUCCUCAAAUCAACGAAAUUUUAGAGAGCGAGGGAAUUGAGCCUGAUUACAUCGAUGGAAUCCGGAUCACGGACGAAAGGACCAUGGCAGUCGUUAGAAAGUGCUUCCUAGAACAGAAUCUUAAGUUGGUGACUGCUUUGGAAAAAAUGGGCGUUCAUGCUAGACCAAUUACUGCAGGUGUUUUCCAGGCAGACUAUUUGGACAAGGAUAAAUACCAGCUUGUGGGAAACAUCACUGGUGUCAACAAGGCGCCAAUCGAGGCAUCCAUUCAAGCUGGUGCUUUGCCUAUCCUCACAUCAUUGGCAGAGACUCCGUCCGGACAGAUUCUCAAUGUCAAUGCUGAUGUUGCUGCUGGAGAAAUUGCCCGAGUUUUCGAGCCUCUGAAGAUCGUCUAUUUGAAUGAAAAGGGAGGAAUCAUUAACGGAAACACCGGAGAGAAGGUGUCCGUCAUUAACUUAGACGAAGAGUACGAGGACCUGUUGAAGCAGAGUUGGGUGAAAUACGGAACCAAGUUGAAGAUAAAGGAGAUCAGAGACUUGCUGAUGCACUUGCCUCGUUCGUCUUCCGUUGCCAUAAUCGACGUGAACGACCUGCAAAAAGAGCUCUUCACCGAUUCUGGAGCAGGAACUCUUAUUAGAAGGGGAUACAAGCUGUUCACUAGAAGUUCGCUCGAUGAUUUCCAGCAGCCUGACUUGCUCAGGGCUGCUCUCAACAGGGACCCAGAAAUUUCAUCCGGCUCUACAUCGGUGGCUUCUUACCUCAAGUCUCUUGAGUCUAGUCAAUUCAAGGCUUAUGGUGACGAGCCCCUUGAUGUUCUUGCCAUUGUAAAAGAGGACCCUACGGGCGUUCCAAGGUUAGACAAGUUUCUUGCUUCGAAGGCUGGCUGGCUCAACAACGUGACCGACAACAUCUUCACAGCAGUGAAAAAAGACUAUCCUGCUCUCCAGUGGACUGUGCAGGAAGACGAUCCAAACACCGCAUGGUUUUUUGCCAAAGCUGAUGGAUCUUUCGCCAAGAACGGCCAGAUUCUGUUUUGGUACGGUGUCGAUAGUAUCGAGAAGGUGAGCACUCUGGUUGAAAACUUUGCCAACCAGGUGUCGGCGAAACAGAGCGGAGUUUUCAAGACCGGUUCUCAGACUAGAAGUUUCAGCACCCAGAGACGAAUUCCUGUUGGACAAUUCACUAGACAAUUCAAGAGGGGGCUGGCUACGUCGUCCAACCCAAAUCCACCAUUGAAAAAGGGCACCAACACCUCCAAGGCCCGCGUGGCGUUGAUUGGAGCUAGAGGAUACACGGGACAAAACUUGAUUUCAAUGAUCGACAAGCACCCAUACUUGGAGCUGAGUCACGUCUCUUCUAGAGAGUUGCAGGGCCAGAAGCUCAAAGGUUACAACAAGAAAGAGAUCGUCUACGAAAACCUCCAGAUCGAGGACAUCAAGAAGAUGGAGGCUAAUAAUGAAGUCGAUGUCUGGGUGAUGGCAUUGCCCAACGGAGUGUGCAAGCCGUUUGUUGACGCAAUUGACAGCACCUCUUCGGGAAAGUCCAUCAUUAUCGAUCUUUCCGCUGAUUACAGAUUCGAUACUACUGGUGAGUGGGUCUACGGAUUGCCAGAACUCAACGAUAGACAGAAGAUCUCGAACGCUCGCAAGAUCUCAAAUCCUGGAUGCUAUGCAACUGCUGCACAGGUCGCCAUCAGUCCUCUGGUGGAAUACUGUUCUGGCAUUCCAUCUAUUUUCGGGGUCUCUGGCUACUCGGGAGCAGGAACUAAACCAUCGCCAAAGAAUGAUAUUAAUGUGUUGAGGGAUAAUUUGAUUCCAUACUCUCUGACGGACCACAUUCACGAGCGGGAAAUUUCCUCUCAGUUGGGACUGCCUGUGGCUUUCAUGCCUCAUGUUGCACAGUGGUUCCAAGGCAUCUCAGAGACCAUCUCUAUUCCAUUGAAAAAGCCACUGACUUCGAGGGAUGUUAGGAACAUUUACCAGGACAGAUACCAGGGUGAGCAGCUCAUCACGAUCAGUGGUGAGGCUCCGUAUGUGAAAGACAUCAGCGGCAAACAUGGCGUUGUAAUCGGUGCCUUUGCCGUGAAUGCCAAGCAAGAUCGUGUGGUCGUGGUUGCCACCAUUGAUAAUCUCCUCAAGGGAGCUUCGACUCAAUGUUUGCAGAACAUCAACCUGGCCAUGAAAUAUGACGAAUAUGCAGGAAUUCCAGACGAUCUGGUGAUCCGUGGGUAG